CUCAGGAGUGUUGCCGCAAGAUGUUGAUUUUGGAAGUCACUCGGACAGACUGUCUUAGCAUGUACAGCAAGAUUGGGGCAGAUUAUUGACACGAUGAAGAGUUUCGCUACUUUCGCAGUCCUCCUGAGGGCUUCUGUUGAAGCUGCUCUGUAUAAGUCAAAGACACCGCCGAUGGGAUGGAAUAGUUAUAACUAUUAUAACUGUUACCCUAACGAGGACAUCAUAAAGUCCAACGCUAAAGGGGUCGUAGACUUAGGCUUGGCUGAUCUAGGCUACAAAUACGUCACAACCGACUGUGGAUGGAUGACAAGAGACAGGGACUCGGAAGGCCGCCUGCAAUGGAAUAUUGAACUCUUCCCAUCUGGAGGAAAGGCUUUGGGAGAUUAUAUCCACAGUCUGAAUCUGAAAUUCGGUCUGUAUUCCGGUGCUGGAUAUUACCAAUGCGGCUCGACAGACCUUCCAGCUUCUCUUGGGUUCGAAGAGAUCGAUGCGGCAUCAUUUGCUGAGUGGGGAGGCGAUUCUCUAAAAUACGACAAUUGCUAUUCCUCCUCGAGAGAUAAAAUGGUUGAUUAUGUGUCACCUAUAUCCACGUCACCUGACCGUUACAAGAAGAUGGCCGCGGUUUUGGAUGGAGUAGAUCGAGACAUCGCCUAUUUCAUAUGUCAAUGGGGAGUCGGCGUGGACCUAGGCAAGUGGGCUUCGCCUAUAGGAAACACCUAUAGGAUCAGCAAUGACAUCUAUAACUCGUGGAGAAGCGUAUGGAGGAUUACAAACCAGGCCGUGCCGUUUUAUAAAUCGACUUCGGUUGGUGCCUAUCCUGAUAUGGAUAUGCUCAUUGUUGGACUUAACGCCCUGUCCCUUGAAGAAGAGAAAUUUCACUUUAGUAUGUGGGCGAUUAAUAAGUCACCGCUUAAUAUCGGGGCGCCGACGGACCCGAGGCUCACACCUGCAGCCUCUCUUGACGUGCUUCGCAACGAGGAGGUCAUAGCUAUCAACCAAGAUUCGUUAGGCAAACAAGCGCGACUCAUCCGUCGGUAUACUGAAGAAGAGUGGGACAUUUGGGCUGGUGAGCUCUCAGGAUCAAGAAUUGUUCUCGGUAUCGCAAAUUGGAAGAAUAAUUCUCAGACGGUAGAAUUCGACCUUUCGGCAGUGAACGUGUCGGAGGCACAGGCUCGCGAUGUCUGGGCGGGGAAAGACAUUGGUGCCAUCUCAGGGGUCCAGAAACUUGAGCUUGCCGGCCAUGAGAUGAGAUUGCUAAUUCUGAGCAACAUCGUUGCACCAACCUCUUCACCUACAUCGAAGGGUUACUACUCGGUAGAAAAUGCCACGCUCUCAGGUGACGCGAAGAAAGUCUCAUGCGGCGAAAGUGAAUGCGCGCCUGCAGGAAGCAAGAUCAGCAUUGCUGUCCAAGGAACGAAGGCAACUUUCGGCUCGGUAACUACGAACUCAGAGGGAAAGAAACUAGUUGGCGUUGAUUUCAUUAACUACGAGCUCGCCUUGGAUACUGCCUGGGACUGGGGCUCUAAUACUCGAAACAUGACGAUUGCGGUUAAUGGCGGUGCGCCGAAGAGAUGGGCGUUUCCUAUCUCUGGAGGAGACUGGUCUGAGUCUGAUAGAUUGCUUAUUGAAGUUGACGGGUUUGUAGCUGGCAAGAACAAGCUUGUAUUUGCUACGAGUGGAAAUUCUCCAGCUCCGGACCUUGUCGGCUUCGAAGUGUUUGAAUAAUCGGCACCUACUAGGUACCUAAACACUGACCAGGUGAAUUCAAAAGCUUAGUAUCGAAUGUGGUAAUGUUCCUGCAUUUUGACAAGGCGGUUAUGGCUUCUAUUGGACCGUUUGUAGAGGGAUCGAUUUCAUAGGUUGAAAGCUCGACGU